AUCCAGGGGAAACUGGCUGUCGGAGUCGAAGCUGACGUCGCCGACCCCGGCCAGAGAGCUGGAAUUAGAGAAUAAAAUCUCAGCAUGAUGUUCCUCAAUGGAGACACGAGUCCAGCUGAGGACGGCAGAGGGGCUGCCCUUCUUCAGUGCUCGCUGCCAGAAUUAUAUGCAUGUAUUGAACAUUUUAAUAAGGAGAGCAAGAAAUCAAAUCUUCUAAAAAUACAUAGUCUUUCACUUAACGAAGCACAGGAAGCACUUGCUAAAAACCUGAAUGUUCUGUCAUUGACCAAGGGCACUGAUGUGAGAAGAGAUCUCCAACCUGUUAGCAGAAAAACAAUUCAUGGAUCUAAGGGAUCUGGAAUGGAAAUAUUUUAAGGGGAUUGUGAAGUGGAAGCACACUACUGCAAUUUCAUUCACAGGCAUAAAAUACAACACUGAGAAGAGAUUUGUAGAGAGCCGGGACAUGCCUGAUGUUAUUUUCCCCCCUAUAGUUCGCAAGUCUUUGGUUAUUUAUCCUCAAAUUGAACAUCAAAAUGAAGGAAUUUUUUCUCUUAAAUGGAAUAUAUAGUGUAUUAAAAUGUUUUGGACAUGUAUUUCUGCUUUUGAGAGCAUUGAAUUUAUGGGUGAAGAAGCCAAGCACCGAAUAG